UCAGGUAUUCCCUCUUAGUCCUCGAUCCGUUGCAGCUAAUCAGUAACCAAGGACCAUGUGACCACUGCUCACAGAGACUUGAUCAUGCAGGUGAUGAUGGUGAAUUAGAGGAAUACGACCUCCCAAGAUGGUGGAACUGGAACUGAGGAGGUAUUGAUUGCAAAGUAUUAUUCCUGAAAAAUUAGAAUCUUGCACUUUUCAAGAGAACUCCACAGAGGUAUUUCCCAGGAAGUCAAAAUUUAAAAAGCUCCUCUGAAGAGAAAGAGAAGAUUCAACAGGCCACUGUGAUGUUUCAAGCAAGAGAAAAUGAGGAGAAAGACGAGAAAUUUCAGACAUAAGACAGUUAAAGACAAUAAAACACUUACAGAAGUAAGUGAGCAAGAAUCUGAAAAAGAUGGUAGUCAGUGCUUGGAUCCUAUAACAAGCAGGAGAAUUCAGGCUGAAAAGAAACAGUAUGUAUGUACUGAGUGUGGGAAAGCUUUUAGUCAGAGUGCAAACCUUACAGUGCAUGAGAGAAUCCACACAGGAGAGAAACCCUAUAAGUGUAAGGAGUGUGGAAAAGCCUUCAGUCAUAGCUCCAACCUUGUUGUUCAUCGGAGAAUCCACACUGGACUGAAGCCCUACACAUGCAGUGAAUGUGGGAAAUCUUUCAGUGGUAAGUCACACCUCAUUCGGCACCAGGGAAUCCAUAGUGGGGAAAAAACGUAUGAAUGUAAGGAGUGUGGGAAAGCCUUUAGUCGGAGUUCAGGUCUUAUUUCACAUCAUAGAGUUCACACUGGGGAGAAGCCCUACACUUGUAUUGAAUGUGGGAAAGCCUUUAGCCGUAGUUCAAAUCUUACUCAACAUCAAAGAAUGCACAAAGGAAAAAAAGUUUACAAAUGUAAGGAGUGUGGGAAAACAUGUGUUUCUAAUACAAAGAUUAUAGACCAUCAGAGAAUUCACACAGGGGAGAAGCCUUACGAGUGUGAUGAGUGUGGAAAAACUUUCAUUUUAAGGAAGACCCUUAGUGAACAUCAGAGACUUCACCGUAGAGAGAAACCUUACAAAUGUAAUGAAUGUGGGAAAGCUUUUACUUCUAAUCGAAACCUUAUUGAUCAUCAGAGAGUUCACACUGGAGAGAAACCCUAUAAAUGUAACGAAUGUGGAAAAACCUUCAGGCAGACUUCUCAAGUUAUUUUACAUUUGAGAACCCAUACUAAGGAGAAACCCUAUAAAUGUAGUGAGUGUGGGAAAGCCUAUCGUUACAGCUCGCAGCUUAUUCAACACCAGAGAAAACAUAAUGAGGAGAAAGAAAUCUCAUAAAUAAAAUAUAUUGUUGGUAGUA